CUGCACUGAAGGCUCCUGUGACUCCAGCCAUGGAUGGUGUGUUGGAAGAAGCAGUGGUGCUGUGUGCAUGUAAACUGGUCUGCAGUCUGCUCUUCCUGCCUUCGCUGGCGGCCUCCCACAGUCCCAUCAGCCUCUGCUGCUGCUGCCUCCUUGUCUUCACCGACUUUCUGGUUGCAGCUCUUCUGGGUUUCCUUUGCAUCUGCGAGCCCUGGAUGAUGGAUCAGACCCCACAGGGUGACAUCAUUGCCCUGCGCUUCCUGCUCUUUCUCAGCCACACGUACGGCAUGGUGCUACUUCUGACUGUACCUCUGAUUGCUGUGGAGAUUCUGACCGGACUGCUGAUGUCUCGCUUUGCUGCAAAGCGUUGUUGUGUCGGGGAGGAAAAUACAGAAAAGGAAAAGCAGGAGAAAGACACAGACAAAGACAAGAGGCCUUCUCAUAUUGUCAGCUACUUCUGCUGCCUGUCGGUGUGGGCCAUCGUCGCCCUAAAUUUCAGCUGUAGGUGGAGGCUGGAGGAAGCACGGGCUUCUGCCUGUUUGCACGCUACCAACUCUCUCAUCAGGUGUUUGCCCAACCUGCUCUGUCCCAUGCCUAGCUCCAUGAAUCUCUUCUGGAGCAUGGCCUUCCUCCUCUUCAUCAUGCUCAUCCUUACCACUAGCAUAAGCCUGGACGGAGGACAUCAGGACCCUGCAUGGACAGAAACAGAAAAGCACAGAGGAAAAAGCGGCAUAAGGAACAGCACUGACAGUUGCUGGCAAGAACUUACUCCUAUUCUCUCUGAGCAUGGGACGUCGGUACCAGAGGCAGCACCAUGUGUUGACCCAGAGAAAACAGAGAGCAGCUGCAAUGUUCACAGAGUGUAUUCCUGGAACAGCGUGCAGAUGUCAACAAGUAACCAUGGAGAGUUUGUCCUCAUACCACCUGAUUUUAUAUCUGCUGGGAAGGGAAGGACAAAGAAAGGUAUACUUCUGACAUUUACAGCAGAAGACCAUGUGGACUGGGAGAACAGGAGCCGGUUUUUGCUUAGACAAAGGGAUUUUCCCUGCCCAGGGGUAAAUGUAAUGAUAGGGUUCAUGGGUGCGCUCUCUAUCUUUGUUCUUCCUCUAACUCUCAGUGUAAACAUCUUUUUGAUCAGGACUAUUGAGGUGCUGCUGGAGCUGUGUAUCAAAUCUUUAGUUUCAUUGGGGGAAAAUAAGAACAACACAUCUGACUCCCACAAUAAAACACUUGUAUAAAAUGAGAUGGGCGUGGAAAAGAAACUGGACAAUCAUUGGGUGCUGUUUGCAACAGGAUCUCCACAUUAAUAUUGCAUGUGUGCAGACAGAAGGUCUACAUGUCAACAAUGGUUUCAACAUAGUGUAAAUAAGCAUUUCUCCGCAGCUGUUCACAUGUUGAAUAACAUGUGGAAAGAGCUGAAAUCUGCUGAAGAGACAGGUUGAGACGUGCUUGUAGGAAAGAGACAAUAUCAGGCUGCUACAGACAGCUGGAAGGCCUGUUUUUAUUGCAUGGAGCCUUAAGAUCUGCAGAGAUUUGUCAUCACACAACGGGUAACAGAACAAGUGUCUCUAGUUUAAAUAAGACUAAUCCAGGGACAAACAAGGUUUUGAAAGAAGGCGUAUGAAGUAUGCAAGAGCAGUAUGCAAAUAAGACUGUGCCUUUGACUUGAGGGUGUGCCAUAGAUUAUGUGUUUCUUUUUUGUUUUUCUUGUACUGUGAGUUAAGUACUGUAUAGAAGGGAAUCCGAGGAACUUGUACCUUACAUAAACCUUUCUUGUUCCUCCUGAUGCACUAUAUUUCCUGUGAAUAUGCUUGGUUGUGUUUUGUUGAUAUUUAAGGUUUUUACA